CACAAGUUAGGAGCGUUUUGGCUUGAAGGUAAACUAAUAAUCGCUAAAAUACACAGAAGACAAAGAUUCUGCAGAUAUUUUUUACAACUUUAGCCCUCAGGAGUAAUCAAGAGAACAGCAGAAUGACACUAGAAAAUCCAAGAAAAAGAAAAAACUCAGCCAUAGAUGAGACCCCCAGAAAAAUGUUUAAGGUCUCUACGGGGGAAGAAGUCUACACAAGCUGCCGGGACCAUAUCAGUACAGUGAGAAGUAAAAAGAGUAACAGCUUUGAGCAGGGAGGAACACUGCUAGACAAAAAGGCGAAAGGACUCCAAGAACUGGUCUUGACUAAAGAGUCAUCUUCUACCACUCUUGACAAUCUCACAGCAUCGAGCCGCUCCCCUCUGAGUGAGUACUUAACAGAAAAACAAAACUUAAAGGAAAGGAGUCGAAAGAGAAAGGCAGAGGACUUUCAAGAGUCAGAGAAUGUGAAAAGAGUAAAGACAGAUAACUCCAAUGAUGAAACAGCGGAUUCCCUUAGAGCCAAAUUUAGGGAAACCUAUGUUGAGCAAACAGAGAUUGGAGAAGGAGGCUUUGGAUCUGUUUUUGGUGGUUAUCGUGUGCAUGACAAAUUACCUGUAGCCAUCAAACACAUCCAAAAAGACCAUGAGAUGCUAAUACAUGUGGAUGAGAAUGGAAAGCAGAUGCCCUCUGAGGUGGCUAUCAUGUUAAAACUAAUGGAUAAAACAUCCAGUUCAGUGGGGCAGUCAGCUAUCGUGUCCUUACUAGACUGGUAUGAUCUGGGUGAGGAACUGAUUUUAGUUUUGGAGAGACCCAUGCCUGCUGAGGACCUCUUUGACUACAUUAAAAAACACAAGGGUCGCAUAACGAUGAAGAAUGCCAAGAUCAUGAUAAAACAGCUGCUAAAAGCAGUAAUUCACCUUCAGGAGGCAAACAUCUUCCACAGAGACAUUAAACCUGAGAACAUCCUGAUAGAGACCAAGUCACAAGUCCCAAAACUUUAUCUUAUAGACUUUGGUCUAAGUUGCUUUGAUGACCGAAAAAAGUAUAAGUAUUUCUGUGGUACUUGGGCCGAUGUCCCACCAGAAUUCAGCAUACAAGGGUUCCUCAGUUCCGGACCAACAAAUGUCUGGCAGGUAGGCUUAGUCCUGUAUUACAUUCUGCACAAAAAAUGGGCCUAUAGAUCCCAUUCAAAAAAGCUAAAGAUCAACAAGAGGCUCUCCAAGACAUGCAAAGAUUUUCUAAGAAAGUGCCUGACAGUUGACCCAAAAAAACGCCCCACCCUAGAAGAGCUGUUACACCACUGGUGGUUGUUGAAAGAAGAUACUCAAAUAUAA